AUACAUCAAAAUUUUCAUUUUUGGGUGAACUUUUCCUUUAAGGGUUUAAUGGUUUACAUGCGUUUUUCUUGCGUUGUUUUGUUUAUUAAUGAAAAUUGCGACCCAAGUGCUUUACUCACUCUGACCAUACAGUGGCACUGCCGCGUCGACCAAUGAACGGAAACCCGUCAGCCAAUCAGGAAGCAGGUUGCCUUUUAAAACUCAACCGGGAAACCACAGAACCAAAACAAACGUUAUUUUGCUUGUGUUGACAUUGAGAACGCGAUUUAAAAAGAAGAAUAAACAGAAAACGUGCUGUGUUUAGCUACAAACAUGGAUACCAUGAUUUACCUGGAUCAGGAGAAUGGUAGACUGACCACUCCAGCCAUCAAAUCUCGCCAGAACAGACUGCACUCGGCUGCAGUUACAGAUCAGUGCUUGAGAACACCUCUGACAGGCAAGGCUCGUGUUGGAGCUCCUCUGCAAUCCAGCCGAAAAGCUUUGAGAGUCAUAAAUAAGGUUGUUGCCACCCCAGGCCUCUCUAAUAAAGCAGAAGAGAAGACUAAACUUGCUGAAGCCAAGUGUGAAGUGCCCCUUCAGUGUGCUGGAGAGAAGUAUCCAGAGAUUGAGAAGUUCUUCCCAUACAAUCAAAGCGAGUUUGAGACAUCUCAGGUUCCAGAGGAUGUCUACCUAAGUCGUUUCUCUCUGGCUAGUCUGACAAAACAGCCAUGGCCUACCGUUUCACCUGUGGAAGAGCUUUUAGUGGAACCAUGCUUGCCACUCUCACCUUUUAAGAUGCCCAAAGCAGUGGAGUAUGUUGAUGAAAUGGAGGCCUUCCUACAGACGAUCAAUGAGCUGACUGUUGAUUUGCCUCCGGAGUGUGAAUUCUGAGUUGUCAUAGUUUUAUUGUAAUUUUUCACUUUGUACUGUUAAGAUGUUGUAUUAAAAGUUUUGGUUGUUCAAAGGCAUCUGUUAGUCUGUGUCUAAAGGGCCAUGACAUUUUAAAUGAGAGGGUAUAAAC